AUGUCAAAGGUUUACCACUCUCUUCCUCUCGACGAGGAGAAACUUGACGAUGACUCGACAACUUUUGCCUCGACUACCCGCACAUUAAGCAUCGACUCCGACUCGGAGCGUGCAGGCUUCGUGCCCCGGGUCCGUCACCGCCUGGCUCAGCACUGGAUGUGGCUCGGUCAUGCCGUGCUUUUGACGACUUCGGUCACGCUCUUCACACUGUCCUUUUGUGCGCGGAACACGAAGCCAAACGACGCCACAUACACGAGCGCAUAUUCCUCAUACUCUCCCGCCGCAGUGGCGGUUCGGUACGAGACAACACGGUUCACCAACCUGACACCCGUCGUCGAAGGUCCCUUUGUUGGCUUUGGUCCCGAGGUCGACCUGGCCUGGGACUACAUCGCCAACGACAUCGGAGAUACGAUGAUCUCAGAAGAAGAGCUUGACAAGCUUGGUUUGCCGCGGAACUCGCUCAAGAUCACCCACCCGCGCACUGGUGAAGUGGGCUACCGGGCAGCCCUCGAAGUCUUCCACCAACUGCACUGCCUUAACUUGGUUCGGCAGGCGGUGUACAAGGACUACUACAAACACCACGGCGGCGACGUGGGCGGUGCUGAUAGCAAGGAGGACCUGAUGGGUCACGUCGACCACUGCAUCGAGACCUUGCGGACCAACCUGAUGUGCCAGAGCGACAUUGGUAUUUUCACGUUCAAGUUGUUCCCGGAGUAUGGGUUUGCCGACGACGACUACUGGCCAGACUUCAACACCCUGCAUACCUGUCGCAACUUCGAGGCCGUCCGGUCUUGGGCCGUUGAGCACACCGUUGCAUGGGACCACAACGUUUGA